UACUAUACUGGGGGAGCAUCCUGUGGUGUCCUGAUAUUAUUACUAUACAGGAGGGAGCAGCCUGUGGUGUCCUGUUAUUAUUUUUAUACAGGAGGAGCAGCCUGUGGUGCACAUACUGAUACAAGGGUUGCACAGUAGUGAAGAAGACAUCUGGUGAGUGUGAGACACCCAGCAGCCAUCCCCGUGUGUCAGGAGGACUGAGCAGAACCCAGAGCCCCAUCACGGUGCCUCCACCUCACUCACUGAUACAUGAGAGGCACAGUAACCAGAAGAUCCUGGAACUCACCAACUAGAUCAUUCAGCUGCUGACUGGAGAGGAGGGGGAGGAACACAGGGGUCUGUACAAGGACGUGAUGAUGGAGAAUCACCGGCCCCUCACAUCACUGGAUGGACCCAGUAACAGAGAUACCCCAGAGAGAUGUCCCCGUCCUCUGUAUUCCCAGGAUUGUACAGAGGAGAAUCACAGGACCCCACAGGAGGAUCAGGUAGAACGUCUGUCUGAUUUUAAAACAGAAUAUAUAGAGGUAGAAGAAGAGACGUAUGUGACUGAUAUAAAGGCAGAAGAUAUAGAGGGAGAAGAAGAGACGUAUGUGACUGAUAUAAAGGCAGAAGAUAUAGAGGGAGAAGAAGAGAUGUAUGUAACUGUUAUAAAGGCAGAAGAUACAAAGGAAGAAGAAGAGACGUAUCUGAGAGGUGGUCAGCAGUGUAAAGAGGAGGAAAUCCCUACAGAUAUCAGCACAGCAGAUGGACACACAAGCAGGAAUAUCUCAGAAGGACAUCUAAUGUUAUCCCCGGUUUGUGACAUAAAAGAUAAAGACAAUAGACAGGAUUCUCCAGGAGCUAACCCCAUUACCCCAAUUAUACAUCCAGCUCUAUCAGCUGAUCCCUCUGAUCCUGGGAAAUGUUCUCCUGAUCACUCUGAUAUUGGUGCAUCUGUUACAGCUCUGAGAGUAGAUACAGUGUUUCCGUGUUCUAUAGAUGCCAAAUGUUUUACACAGUACACAAAGUGUAUUACCCAUCGGCCAGCUAAGGCAGGUGAGAGGCCACUGAUAUGUUCUGAGUGUGGAAAAUGUUUUAUAGGUAAGUCACGUCUUGUUAGACAUGAGAGAAGUCACACAGGUGAAAAACCAUUUCCAUGUUCUGAGUGUGGGAAAUGUUUUACACAUAAAUCACAUCUUGGUAGACAUGUGAAAAGCCAUACAGGUGAUAGGCCAUUUCCAUGUUCUGAGUGUGGUAAAUGUUUUAUAAAUAAGUCACAUCUUGUUAGACAUGAGAGAAGUCACACAGGUGAAAAACCAUUUCCAUGUUCUGAGUGUGGGAAAUGUUUUAUAGAUAAGUCACAACUUGUUAGACAUCAGAGAAGUCAUACAGGUGAAAAACCAUUUCCAUGUUCUGAGUGUGGGAAAUGUUUUGUACAGAAAUCAGAUCUUGUUACACAUGAGAGACGUCACACAGGUGAGAAACCAUUUCCAUGUUCUGAGUGUGGGAAAUGUUUUAUACAAAAAUCAGAUCUUUUUAAACAUGAGAGAUGUCAUAGAGGUGGAAAACCAUUUCCAUGUUCUGAGUGUGGGAAAUGUUUUAUAGAUAAGUCACAACUUGUUAUACAUCAGAGAAGUCACACAGGUGAGAAACCAUUUCCAUGUUCUGAGUGUGGGAAAUGUUUUACACAGAAAUCACAUCUUGUUAGACAUGAGAGAAGUCACACAUAUUCUGAAAGUCACACAUGUUCAGAGUGUGGGAAAUGUUUUACACAGAAAUCACAUCUUGUUACACAUCAGAGAACUCAUACAGGGGAGAAGCCAUAUGCAUGUUCUGAGUGUGGGAAAUGUUUUAUACAGAAAUCAAAGCUUGUUACACAUCAGAGAAGUCACACAGGUGAGAGGCCAUAUUCAUGUUCGGAGUGCGGGAAAUGUUUUAUAGAGAAAUCAUCACUUAUUACACAUCAGAUAACUCACACAGGUGAGAAGCCGUUUCUAUGUUCAGAGUGUGGGAAAUCUUUUACAAGGAAAUCUUCCCUUAGCACACAUCAGAGAAGUCACACAGGUGAGAAGCUGCAUCCAUGCUCUGAGUGUGGGAAAUGUUUUACACAUAAAUCAAAACUCAUUACACAUCAAAAAAUUCACACAGGCGAGAAGCCAUUUUCAUGUUCUGAGUGCGGGAAACGUUUUACACAGAAAUCAAAACUACUUAGUCAUCAGAGAUAUCACACAGGUGAGAAACCGUUUCCAUGUCCUGUGUGUAGGAAAUGUUUUAUGCAGAAAUCAGAUCUUCUUAAACAUCAGAAAUGUCACACUGGUGAGAAACCACUUUGAUAAGCUGAUUGAAAUCUAAAAAGGCAGAAAUAUAAAAGGAGAAAGAAAAAAAUGCAGAUGCACACUGCUAGCACUGAGAACACUGAUAGCAAAAUUAAUUUUGAUAAACUCUUACAAUUAACAUGGAGUAUAAGUGAAGUUCUUAGCACACAUUUGCGCAAAUAUGUGGGCCCACCCACCACGUCCAGGUGAACUUCAUUAAAUGGUUCCCUAACAUCUUUAAUACCACCACAUUAUAUACAUGUAUCUAGGUCUUGCCUUUAAAUAGAGCCCAUAUGAUUAUGUAGUUAGUAUUGUAGGAACCUGUGCUAUUUCAAACACCUUAGGGUAGAUGGGAGGGGUGCCAAUGCCAGAGUGAAGGAGCCUUACCUUUAAGUGUACAAUAUAUACACAUAUAGAGGCGGCGCGGGAAGGGGGGGGGGGGACUCGACUGCACACCCUAUUUCUAAACCUAUUAGGAGGUGCUACCAUGCUAAAGCUUCUAGUACCAUGCAGGAGAAAUAUAACAGCUUUAUUAAUGCUGUCUAUUAAAAAAAAAAACAUGCAAAAUAGUUUUUAUUUAGGCAUUUAAUAUUCUCAUGUUACAAACGUAAUAAAAAGAGACCGUUGUAAAUAGAUUAGCAUUAAAGCACACUUUUGGCGAGACAUCUGGGGAAACAAAAGUAUAGAAUAACAAAAUAAGUACAAUAAUGGGUUAAUUGGCAAGAUGUACAAUAUUUCAUUAAGAUAUUCAAACAACUGAACAUUAAUAAAAAUGUAAAAAAUAAUGGGACAAUUUACUGAAAUGGGGUCCAGUAUGAUUUACCGACGGACACAGUAUCGACAGUCAUAAUCACGACAGCCAUUGACCGACGGACAAAAUACCAACAUUCAUUAUGCCAACAUUUCAAAAUAUCGACACAAGUUUUCCUGUGGGUUUUUUUUUUUUGUGUCAAUGUGGACAUAGGUCGACAUGGACCCCGUGUAAGUGUACUGCGCUCGCCAUGCUUCGGGCACAGUGUGUCGCUGCGCUCGGCACACUAUUAUAUUCCCCCUCCUGGUCAACUGGAAUGGUAACGUAUAAACAAGUAUGUUUUGGGGCAAAAAGUCCUUAAAAACGCAUGUCGGCAUUUCAAAUGUCGGUAUUCUGACCAUGUCGGCAUUUCAAAUGUCUGUAUUUGAUCAUGUCGGUAUAAUGAAGGUCGGUAUUGGGUCUGUCGGUAAAUCAUCUGCUACCCAGUGAAAUGGAUGGUGGAGAAAGCAGAGGGGGGGCUUCAAAGAGGUGUAUGCCAUGUAUGGCAUUCUAGCACGCAAAUUGAUUAAUGCGCCAUUCGGACAUAAGACCCGGGAAAUAUACGAGUACAACCUGUCUAUCAACACAGGAAUUUCCCGCGUCUCAGUCUGACGCCCCCAUUCACACUACACCAAAAACCCGAGAAAUUCCCGGGUCGGAAUGCGAUCACACGGAACCUGGAUCUGACCUGGAAUUUGGGGUGGGAACACUUAUUUAUAUUAUUCAACCUUUGAUGUUUGUUAAUGGCAAAUCUGUGGUUUUAUUUCCUAUUUAAAUAUUUUUCUUUAAAGCUGUUCUACUUACUAGGUAAUUAUUUUUUCAUUUUUGUUACUAAGGUCCUCCCAGUCGCAUUCCCCCUGCCGCACCCAACUACCAGCCAGUAUUACCCUUCCUCAGUCUCAGAUCUCCCUUUCUCCUGUGUGAACGUCCUGUAAGUAUAUAGCAUAGGAUCUCAAACUCGGUCCUCAUAUGUAUGUCAUUAGAAAUGGACAUUUUUCUGGCCAGCACCACUCUUUUUACGGUUGUCAUGCACCUUCAAGAACUUCUUUAGAGUCUUCAUUUUAUUUACAACUUGCUGUUGUGUACGUAUAAUGCCUCUUGCUUCUAGCAGCUUUGCAAUAUUUUUAUAAAUGACUGCAUCCGUCACUGUGCCAGUGAUCUGUUUUUUAAUCUCCUCCUCACCCCUUAUGCUGAGCAGCUCUCUCACCUCCUGA